CCUUUCUUUUCUUUUUAAUCAAAUAAUGCACGAAGGCCUUAGGGAAUAGACAAACCGACGGAAGAACUUUACCAAGAAGUAGUGAAAAUUUUUAACUGCAUAGUAGUAACGUUUGCGACAAAUUACCACAAUCACAUUGAAAACAUUCAGGGUGCUGGUAGCAAUGGUCUUUCCUGUUGAAAGUCAUGAAUUGGAUUUCAAAUCUCCAAGAAAAUUAAUAGUUUCCUGCAAACAAGAGUUAACGCUUCCAUUCCUCUGUAUUUGUUUUAAGCAGUUUACCUGUACACGAUCUGGCAAAUGCUCUUACGGACACCAGCUUGAAAACUAUCGUUGACUGUGGAAAAUCUUGGUCUGUCUGUUAUUCUUCAUAAUUCUCUGUAUGUGGACUUAUACCCAAUAAAUUGCUUGUUCGAGAAGAAAUUGAAAGGGGCAUUGCUCCCCACCCUCCUCCAGCUCAGUGGUCUUUACGAUGUAUUUUAGUGGCAAAUCCAGGGGUAAGCAAAAUAUAUUACAACAGCCUGUCAAUUGGUUUCAUCUUUUCCUUUGAAAUAUUCAUGGCAUUCUUAUCUAGAGGUGUGUUAAAUUUAAUAGUAGCUGUAAUUAAUUUUCCCAACCCUGGAUUCGCCCUGAAUUCUACCGCAUAUACAAAGAUCUUUAUGAUUUGCCUGUGCUAGACUCAGCAGGUUGUAUCUCCGCUAUUUGAAAUUGCAUUGUAACAGUUAUUUGCAACAUAUAGUUUCCACAUUUUCUCCGUAUGAGAGACAUCUCCAGUGAUUUUCUGAAAAUGUUUCUUGAUACAUAGAAUCUGUAGCAAUGAGUCCCGCGUCUCAUCGAAAAUCUGCGUCUCCAAUUAAACUUUAACACUUCCAUGUUUUGUCUUUUGUCCUUUGAAGUGCGUUAAUUGUAUUCAUCGUAUAGGUUUUGUGUUAAACUGCACGGCUGGGUAGUUGAAUGAACUCCGUCUUCAUCUGUGGGUGAAAUAAUCUUUAAAUAUCAAAAUUUAUAGUAUUUUUUGUUCAAGUUACCUUAAAUUACGACAACUAUAAUUAAGUUUCGUUAUUAAUUUAUUUCGUACAUGAUUGCAAGUUUCAACUUGUUAAUAUUUUAAAUAAUUGUUGUCAUUGAUAUCAUCUAAGCUCCAAGACUGAUCGAUUUUUGAGAACUUUUCUCUCACAUUUUGUGUGGCAGCAUGUCAAUGCACCUUCACAACGAUUGGCAGUCCGGCAAGCGAAAUGUUGUUGAGCGAAUCGGAUAUCUAUUUGACAACAAAUUGAUGAGCGAUGUAACUUUCACUUGUGGUACGGAGUCGACCCCUGGUCGCGUAUUCCACGCACAUAAAUUGGUUCUUGCCACAAGCAGUGUUGUGUUUUAUGGAAUGUUUUACGGAAACUUCAGCUGGAACGCACGUUUUGUUCACGUUGAAGACAUUGACGAAAAAAGUUUUGAGCAGUUUCUACGUUUUGUAUACACGGAAGUUUGCGAAAUCACAGAGUCAAAUGUCAUCGGAUUGAUGUAUCUGGCUAAAAAGUACUUUGUAUCGACGCUGGUGAAGACGUGCUGCAAAUUUUUAGAAGAAAGUUUAAAACCCGAGAACGCUUUCACAAUAUUAGAACAUGCUGAAAAAUUUGAUGAGCAUGAUUUGGCAGCGAAAUGCUGGAAUGUAAUUUCAACAGAAACGCUUGAAUGCAUCAAUUCAUGGGAUUUCCUUCAUAUGCGUGCACGUGACUUGGAUAAAUUGUUAAAAAUGAAGUGCCUUGCUGUAAAGGAAAUCGAUUUGUUUAAAGCAAUUUUACGAUGGGUCGACCAACAAUGCGCCAUUAAUAAUAUUGAUUUAAACGAAGACAAAUUGGCUAGAAGAACAGUUCUUGGAGAUUAUGUUCACGAAAUUCGUUUCCUGGAAAUGUCUAACGAUGAUUUUGCUAGGCAUGUCUGCCCGGCUGGCAUUCUUACAAAGGGUGAAAUUGAUGAUAUAUUUUGGGCUUUAGAAGGUGCUGACAUGCCAAACUUAAAGUGGAAAAACCUUUCCAAAAGACGACAGCCCCAGAUAUUCCAUGUAAGCAGGUUUGAGGUCAGCGAUGUUAUCGAAAAAUGGGAUUAUAAUGGUGAAAGCGACGCUCUUGCUUUUAAAAUGAAUAAAUAUGUUGAAUUGCUUGGAGUAAGAUUAUUUGGUGAAGGGACGGGACCUUCUUCUUGUUUUGGUCAAUAUGCUAAAGAGUCAUCUUGUCAAUUUGAAGAUUUUGUCCUUACAAUCCAGGACGCGCCCUUUGCCUGCAGUCGCAAUGGAACCAAUAAAUACCGAGGUCAAUUCCAUAAAUUUUACUUUUCUUCUUCUUAAUACUGCAUGGAUAUCACAACGAGACAGUAAAUUAAUGAUGAGAAAAAUGUAAUAUGUAAGUUUAGUAGUACGAUUUUCUUCAUUUCAUGUGCCGCCUAUCAAUAUCAACUAGUAACUGAAGUAAGUUUGCAAAGCAAUCAUAAGUGCUCUAAUUGUAUAAUUGUCAUUGUACAGAACUGUUUAUUUUCAAAUGGCAGUUUGGUGUUUCUGACAAAUUUCUUUGUCGAGCGUGCAAUUUUGUAAUUUUCAUACACAAGUGUAUGCAUUUGAAAAUGUUAAACACAUUGGUGGUGGACUGGCAAUAAAUUAAUGCCAUAUUUAAA